AUGGCACAAAAUUAUCCCGAUGUCUUUCCUCAAGAAUUGUCGGGAUUCCCACCUGAAAGGGAAGUGGAGUUUGUAAUUGAGUUAGCCCUUGGAACGGAAUCGAUUUCUAAGGCACCCUACGGAAUGUCCCUAUCGGAGUUGAAGGAAUUGAAGUUGAAUCAAGUAAUCAUCAAGAACAAGUAUCCAUUGCUAAGGAUAGAUGACUUGUUUGAUCAACGCAAGGAGUCUCGAGUGUUCUCCAAGAUCGACUUGAGGAUGGGCUACCAUCAAUUAAGGAUUAAGAAGGAGGACAUGUCGAAGACCGCUUUCCAUACAAGAUAUGGACAUUACGAGUUUACGGUUAUGCUGUUUGGAUCAACUAACGCCCCAGCUACCUUUUUGGAUAUGAUGCAUCGGGUAUUCGGAGAAUUCUUGGAUCGGUUCAUCAUCGUGUUCAUCGAUGAUAUAUUGGUGUAUUCAAAUAGCCUGGAGGAACAUGAGUGCAGUUUGAAUAUUGUUCUACGGACCUUGAGAGAACACUAUUUGUAUGCUAAGUUUAGCAAGUGCGAGUUCUUGCUCAACCAAGCUAAUAAAGUAGCGGAUGCUCUUAGUCGGAAAUCAAGCAUCGCGCAUUUGAUGGUUAAAGAGUGGAUUCCGCUUGAAGAAUUAAGGGAUUCAGAGUUUAAGUUUGAGGUUUAUCACCUCUCAAGUUUGCUAGCUACCUUGAGGAUUGAACCCGAGUCCAGGAUGAAAGUGGACUUGGCUAAGGAAGUGGCCAAGUGCUUGACAUGUCAACAGGUGAAGGCACAACAUUAUUUUAAAGGGAGUUGGGAGGAACAGUUACAUCCGGUCGAUUUUGUCUACAAUAAUAGCUACCAGCAAAGUAUUGGAAUGGCACCAUUUGAGGCGUUGUAUGGCAGAGCUCGCAGAACUCUGGUUCACAACGUCUUCCAUGUAUCCAUGUUGAGGAAGUACGAGCCGGACCCAACCCAUAUGCUGGAUUAUGAAGUUGUGGACGUGGAUGAAAGAGUAUUUUACUUGAAGAGGCCAAUGCGAAUAGAAGAUAGAACAACAAGUUCUGAGGAACAAGACAAUUCCACUGGUCAAGGUGAUUCGGGAGCACCAUGGAACGGAAAGAGCAACCUGGGAGAAUGA